CGUCACGUACCUACUUUCUCAAGUCGCGUCGUGAACCUCGCUGCCAGGACCUCGACUUUGGUCACCACUCAAACUUGAACAGCCCAUAAACCCAUCCACUGCCAAUGCUGCAGGUUCUACCCUCGAUAACUCAUCCUCGACAACCCAGUGAUUUUAUCACCGGUGACCCCAAGCCUUGACUAUUUAUCAAGUGGCGCAUCAACGCCCGCUAUGCCCGGUACUAUUCUGCCCCAGAAGCGCGUGCUUGGGGAAGCAUCCAGCGCUCGCCGCAAUAUACCUGCGGCGCCCUCCUCGGCCAAGAAGCGAAGGCUCGAACCUCCCUCCUCACCUGCCAUCGGACUCAACAGCUCUCAGAACCGGCUGGCCUCGAGUCAGCCCAAGAGCGCUUUCGAGAGCGACUUUUUGGAAAAGUUGAGCCAGGAGAUCUCGGAUCGCAAGCAGAACAAUUCAGAGAAGGAUCAGGCCUGGGCACGACCUCCAAUCGCGGCGGACUUCAGCCCCAAGACGACCAGUCUCCGUUUCCAGUCUAUCGAAGCCGAGGAAGGCACUCUCCAUGGCGGGCAGACAACCAUCAAGCUCUUUGGUGUUAAUGAGGAUGGCAAUUCCGUCAUGCUGCACGUCAAGGACUUCAAACACUACCUCUACCUUCCUGCUCCGGUGUCUUUUACUCCCCAAGACUGCACCGCCUUCAAGCAGUACCUUGAGACCCGAGUUGCCCAACACCAGCCCGUUAUCGACUCGGUGCAGUUCAUCAUGCGGGAGAGUAUAUAUGGCUUCCAAAACAACACGCAAAACCCCUUCUUGAAGAUCACCGUGGCCGACCCCAAGUUCAUAAACCGGGUGCGGAGUACUAUCGAGGACAACAAUGCCAACUGGAAGGGCAUGUGGAGAAGCGAAGACGGCAAGCUCAUGACUUACGACAAUCUUCAAUAUGUCUUGCGCUUCAUGGUUGAUUGUGGGAUCGGGGGCAUGUGCUGGGUCGAGGCCCCCGCUAACAGGUAUCAACUUGUGAGCAACAAGCAAUCAAACUGCCAGAUUGAGGCCGAGAUCAGCUACCGCGACCUGAUUUCUCACAAGCCUGUGGGCGAGUGGUCCAAAAUGGCUCCUCUUCGAAUCCUCUCUUUCGACAUCGAGUGUGCUGGUCGCAAGGGCAUCUUCCCGGAGCCCGAGCACGAUCCAGUCAUUCAGAUAGCGAAUGUGGUGACGAGGUACGGGGAGAAGAAGCCGUUCGUGCGCAAUGUAUUCUGCCUCGACAAGACGAGUUCCAUUGUGGCGACACAGAUCCGAGAGUUCGACAGAGAGGAGAAGAUGCUCUCUUCCUGGCGCGACUUUGUUGAGGAGGUUGAUCCCGAUAUCAUUACCGGGUACAACAUUGCCAACUUUGACUUCCCGUACCUCCUGGACCGAGCCAAGAGCCUGAAGGUGCAUGGCUUCGAGUUCUGGUCUCGCACCAAGGUCAGGUCGGUGGCAAAGGACUCGAAUUUCUCCAGUAAGCAGAUGGGCAACCGCGACACCAAGGUCACGAACACCAAUGGCCGCCUCCAGCUUGACCUGCUGCAGCUGGUCCAGCGCGAUUAUCAACUUCGAAGCUACACCCUGAACUCGGUUUGCUCCCACUUCCUCGGAGAGCAGAAGGAGGAUGUCCAUCAUACCAUGAUCACGGAGCUAUUCAAUGGCACACCCGAGUCCAGACGAAGGUUAGCUCUGUACUGUCUCAAGGACGCGUACCUUCCUCAGCGCCUGAUGGAUAAGCUAUCCUGCCUGGAGAACUACACAGAGAUGGCAAGAGUCACUGGUGUUCCGUUCAACUAUCUCCUUUCAAGGGGACAGCAAGUCAAAUUCAUUAGCCAGCUUUUCCGAAAGGCACUAGAACAGAAGCUCGUCAUUCCCAACAAGCGGGAAAGCGCCGAUGACCAAUACGAAGGUGCCACUGUCAUCGAACCCACCAGAGGCUAUUACGAUGUCCCUGUGGCAACUCUGGAUUUCGCAUCGCUGUAUCCCAGCAUUAUCCAGGCCCACAACCUUUGUUACACCACCCUGAUCGACAAGGAUAACAAGGCGAAGAUCGAGAAGUUUGGCCUCAAGAAGGACGAAGACUACAUCGUCACUCCUAACGGGGACACCUUCGUCACGGCCAAGCGGAGAAAAGGACUCCUCGCUCAGAUUCUCGAGGAGUUGCUGACUGCCAGAAAGCAGGCCAAGAGGGAGCUGGCAGUGGAGACUGACCCCUUCAAGAAGGCUGUCUUGAAUGGUCGUCAGCUGGCUCUAAAGAUCAGCGCCAACUCUGUGUACGGACUCACCGGAGCCACAAAUGGCAAGCUCCCUUGCUUGGAGAUUGCAAGUAGCACGACCAGUUUCGGCCGUCAGAUGAUUGAGAAGACAAAGCAGGAGGUGGAACAAAAAUACACCAUCGCGAACGGCUAUACACACGACGCUCAGGUGAUAUACGGCGAUACCGAUUCGGUCAUGGUCAAGUUCGGGACGAAGGACCUCGCGGAAGCCAUGAAGCUCGGCGAAGAGGCAGCUCAGUUUGUCUCAGCCAAGUUCGUCAAGCCGAUCAAGCUGGAGUUCGAGAAGGUCUACUUCCCUUACCUACUGAUCAACAAGAAACGCUACGCCGGCCUCUACUGGACCAACCCGGACAAGUAUGACAAGAUGGACACGAAGGGUAUCGAGACGGUCCGUCGAGACAAUUGUCUCCUAGUCCAGACGGUUAUCGAGAAGGUCCUGAGGAUGAUUCUUAUCGACCAGGACGUGCCCGGCGCGCAACAGUAUGUCAAGGACACAAUUUCAGAGCUCUUGCAGAACAAGGUCGACAUGUCGAAGCUCGUGAUCACGAAAGCAUUGACAAAGGACGACUACGCGGCCAAGCAGGCGCACGUGGAGUUGGCCCAGAGGAUGAAGAAGCGUGAUGCUGGCUCAGCUCCUGGCCUGGGCGACCGGGUCGCCUAUGUCAUGGUCAAGGGCGCGGCAGGAUCGAAAAACUUUGAGCGGUCAGAAGACCCGAUCUACGUCUUGGAGCACAACGUGCCCAUCGACACCAGAUACUAUCUCGACAACCAGCUGGCGAAGCCCCUGGGUCGUAUUUUCGAGCCCAUACUCGGCGAGACGAAGGCCAAGUCGCUGCUCACGGGUGCUCACACGCGUGCCAUCUCCGUCGCCGCCCCGACGGUUGGCGGCCUGAUGAAGUUCGCCAAGAAAACCCAGACGUGCAUGGGCUGCAAGAAGCCGCUGACGGGCAAGGAAGAGAGCCAAGGUGCAGUUUGCGCCGACGAUGCACCCCGGGUAGGCGAGCUCUACAAGAAGACGCUCGACAAGGUUUCGGACCUUGAGGUCAGAUUUGGCAGGCUGUGGACACAAUGCCAAAGAUGCCAGGGCAGCAUGCACUGCGAUGUCAUCUGCAGCAGCAAGGACUGCCCCAUCUUCUACAUGCGGAUGAAGGCGAAGAAGGAUCUGGAGGAUGGAAAUAAGGAGCUGAAGAGGUUUGAUUUCGACCAGGCGGCAAUAUGGUAGUGGUUUGUCUCGUCUUUUCUUGGCUUGGAUUGGAUUCCUUUUAACGGCAAGGGGCACCAGGCGUUUAAUGGAAACGGGCAUGGCAUACAUAGUCGGUAAUUCUCGGGGGGAGACGAAUCUCAUCCGGUAGCACAUCUGCAGGAAGAAUUGCACCUUGUUACACUUGAUUUGAUCAAGAGCUCUAUCUCUCCCUUGCCAAGACCUGAUUCUGGUAGUGCAGUACGGAAUACUAGCUCUUACAUGAUAUCCUCUUACGGAAUACUAGCUCUUACAUGAUAUCCUCUUACGGAAUACUAGCUCUUACAUGAUAUCCUCUUACGGAAUACUAGCUCUUACAUGAGCACUUAGCAACCCCCCCUGUUCGGCAACAAACGAACCACCA